UGCAUCAAUGAGUUGUUCAUCUUCGAGACGAUCGGCCAUCAAUAAAGCAACGAACGCAUCAAAAUCUGAUCUACGACCAACCGCAGACCCAAACAUGAGACCCUCCUGCAUCUUCAUCGCCUGCCUUGUGCUCUUCGCUUUCUGCUCACUGGCUCGCAGUGAAUUCAGCCAAGGUCCCGACAAGUGCUGCUUUUCUUUUUCCAAUGUAAAAAUCCCAGUAAAGCAGGUUGAGAGUCAUCAUACUACACAUCUUGAAUGUCACAGGAGUGGUAUCAUUGUCAUCACAAAAGCGCAAAGAGAGAUCUGUGUUGACCCGGCAGAGAGAUGGGUUCAGAGACUGAUGAACUUGGUGGAUGCUCGGAACGUGAAGGAUAUGAGCUCUGGGGACAACAAAUAAGAUGUGAAUGGCUCUUCACUUUUCAAACUAUUGAAUUGAAUAGCUUUCAAACUGAUUUUAAGCUUUUAUUUAAAUAAUAAUAUGUAUGCACCUGCACAAUGCUGUUAAUCACUUAAGAAGAUUGUGAUAUAUAUUCAAAUAUAUUCAAAGCAUGUUUAAGAUAAAAAUGUAAUCUCAAUAUGUUUGCAUUUUUUACUUUACUGUUUGCAAAAUAAAUAUUAUGGAAAGACA